AAUGUUUUGUUUAGAUUUUCUAUUUUCCUUUCAAGUUUUAUUAUAUUCUGCAGUAAUUCAAUGCAUACACUGAGUGUUAAUUGUACAUAUAAAUUGUAAACUUAUAUACCGAUGAUUUGAACUUGUAAGAACUUUUGAAAGAGUCCAAUAAUUCGUUCAUUUUUAGUCCUAAACUAGAGUCACUUAUGAACAUCAAAUUAAAAUGAUGGAAGAAGGUGAAAUUAAACUGGAAUUUGAUAAAUAUGACCAGCCACAAUGCCUGACGUGUCUUAGCAUUGGUAGGAAGCUGAUUCCUUUGGGAAAAUAUGCGGAAAUGUAUAAAAAAAUCGCAACUGAAAUUAUACACUUUGUCACCAGCCCGCCAGAGGAUCUGCAAGUUUGCUGGGAGUGUCAUGCAAUACUGCAAAAGUUUGUGCAGUUUCAAAACAGAGUCGAAAGAGCGAACCAGAUGAUGCAGUUAGGACAGAACAUAUUUGGAUCUUUGUCAAGUUUGACCACAAUAACAUUGAAUGAUACACAUCUACAUGCUAUUUAUGUAGAUAAUCAAAUUAACAUACAGACAGACAUUAAUAAAGUAGAAAAAAACAAUAUUCCUAUAGAAAACCAAAACAUAAAUGAGGAUAGUUGUAGUGAAGAAAAAUUUGAUGAAGAAACAAAUAUAGAUUACACGUCGGAAUUACAAGAAGAAACAGGUACUAAUAUAGAGGAAUUAAAACCGAAAAUUGAAGAAAUUGAAAUGAAGAAUGUUACGAAGACGGUCAGUCAAAACCGUUGGGCAAUAAAAAGAGCUUUACAAAAUAAAAAACGUAAAUUUGAAAUUAUAUCUAAUAUAGACGUAGAGGAGUUGUUUAGAAGAGUACAGAUAAAUCUAGAAGAAUUACACAACUUUUUAAAGAAGAAAAGAAAACGGUUUCAAUUAAAGAAGUACAAAUGUGAAUCUUGUGUAAUAGGAUUUAAAAACGAAAAUGCCUUGAUGAGACAUAAUAAAAAUUGUCAUACAAAGGACACUGGCGACUACACCUGUGAUGUUUGCUCGAGGCGUUACGCCGACAAGCGCCAUCUAGUGUCGCAUGUCAAGAAGCACUGUUACAAAUAUCUUUGCACAGUGUGCCAAUACUAUUGCCAUAGUGAAAAAUUGAGGAACAAACACGCAGAGCGACAUAGGAAGGUGUUUCAGUGCUUUAAAUGUGGACUGCGGUACUGUAACCGCCGCGAAUUCUACAAACACUUCAAGGAAUGGCACGAGAGGUUUAUCUGCGAUCACUGCGGUAUAUCGUUUAUGAUGAGGUAUAGCAUCAAGGACCAUAUAAGAAAGCAACACUCCCCGUACGAGUGCAAGCAGUGUAACAGACAGUUCGCGCGCUACAACGGCCUGUGGCGGCACAACAAGACGGCGCACGCGCAGCUCGAGGCCGCGUACUGCGUCGAGUGUGACAAGUACUACGACAACGUGUACCGGUACCGCUGGCACCUGGCCAACAGCACGCGCCAUACACCCAGGAGGGUGCACAGGUACCCCUGUUCAGGAUGCGACAAGGUUUUCACAAAGAACAUAUACAUGCGAGACCAUUACAACUUGGUUCAUUUGAAGCAAUACAAACACAGGUGUGAGUCUUGCGAUAAGAAUUUCAUCCGGAAUGCUGAUCUGAUGAAACACAAUAAAAGAAUCCACGAAGGUAUACUGCCGCCGCGGGAUAAGAUCUGCUACGUGUGCGGACGCGGGUUCACUACAAACAAGAUCCUAGCCAACCACGUGCGCACGCAUACAGGCGAGCGUCCAUUUGCGUGUGCGCAGUGCCCCGCCAAGUUUGCACAGAGCGUCGCCUUAGCUGGGCAUACCCGAGCGCUACACAGCAAACAGAAAGCCGAUCCGACUGAAUGAACAAAGAUGUUAUAUGGAAUGAGCUUACGAUACCGGGAUCAACGGCUUAACGUGCCUUCCGAAGCACGGAUCGUCUUACUCUCGGACAAUCAGGUGAUCAGCCUGCAACGUCCUAAACAAACUAGGGAUCACAAAGUGAUUUUUGUGAUAUUUCCCCACCGGGAUUCGGACCGCGGACCUCCGGAUCGUAAGCCCGGACGUUGGUCUAACGGAAAGCUCGGCGAAGGAUGGACCUCUGACUACCCCAAUAGGGACAUGGUCGUGUCCUUAUGUAUAUGUUAUUUCCAGUUGGGUCGAACAUUAUAAUGGCGAUACGGCUCACCAACUAUCACGUUGGUCUAACAGAAAGCUCGGUGAGGUGUGGGUAUGGGAAGAUUCCCAAAGUGGACACAUCACUGGUCAGAACUACUGGUUAGUCCAUGGUAUAAGAAGACCAGGUAUGCUCAAUCCUAUGACAAGCCGCCAUUGCUAACCCUUUGAUGACGUAAGUGUUACCAUUAAAUUGGUAUCUCCAACAUUCCAAGGACGUAAAUUUUAUUAUUGAAAAUUAAGUGAAUUACUGACUGUAUUUAAUUACUAUUAUUUUUCACAUAUACAAAAAUCAUCAAAACUUUAUGUAAAUCUUUUACUAAAAGUACAAAAUUUCCAAAAAUUGAACGUGGACAAUUUAUUUUUUACGAAAUGGCAACACAGGGUCGGAUGACGUGAGCUGGGCUAACCUUCAAAUGUUAGCUGUCAGUUUUGAGCAUACCUGCGGGCUUAGCAUCGUAAGCGCGACUCUUUCACCUCGACAUCCGUCACCCGUCACUCUCUCACAGUACUGCACAGAAAGAGACAGACGAUCUCUGUCGCGGCGAGAAAGAGUCGCGUGCUUACGGUGCAGGGCCCGUUGGUCUUCUUAUACUGUGGGUUAGUCAAUUG